CUCCCAACUGUUGCUGUUCUCCUGCAGUCGCGGUCGAGUUGUUAGUUGUGGAAUUGUCUGAGUUCGGAAGGACGCACGUCACAUUAGACGGAAAAAAUACCUUUAUUUCUGAAACAUACAGUCAGUCACAAAUAUAUCACUUGUUUCAUGGUUAUAGGCCAGAUCCUGAGACAUACUUGAACUGAUAAAAAGGCCUAGAAAUGUACUAGAUUUGCUGAAAAUAAUGUAAACACGUUUGAGGAAUGCAGGAUAUGGCGGACAUGCCGUAGUGUUGCCAUUUCGCUACUAUAAAGAAAAACAUUUUAUUCGGUGUAAACAGCAAGUCUGCCUCCUUAUCUGAAUAAUGGACGCCCAACAAGGAACUCAGCCGGUUCAGCCUCCCACUGUGAUUGUAGUCGAACGGAACCGGGGGAUACAAUACCCUCCUUACAUGCAGAGAGGAACAAAGAUGUUUGGUAUGAACGUGCGGGCGGGAUGCAUAGUAGUCUUCCUUAUAUUCGGUAUCCUGCUUAUUCUGCUCGGAUUUCUGCUGAUUGAGGUCAUCGUGUUAGCCGAUAUGUAUGCUAUUCCGAUUCCAAUCUUGAUCGUUAUGUGGUCUCUAGGAGCCUUCCUGAUCUACUGCUUCAUAAAGGCGAAGAGGAAAUCAUUGCGGGAGUUCAACGCUCUUCCAAACGACCACCCUGACCGCGCGAAGUACAGUAUCUUCACUGAACCCGGGGCCCCGUACCCAGUGGCGAACGUCUACCACUUCCCCACCACCGCCCAAGGACCAAGUGAUGGCAGAGGACAGGCAGCAGUGACGCCAGGACACGCCUCGCCACACAGGAACUAUCCACCCGCACAGGAGGACCCGACUCCGCAGGGAUAUCAUCGACUUCCACACGGUCCCUCUGCUCCUCCACUGCAAGAACCCGAGAGGAAGUUCACUGAUGACCCACCGCCCUACUCGGAAAUCUAAGAGGUCGAUUCUCUUUUAUUUUUAAGGGAAUUUUUGCUGUGAAUCCAUGAUAGUAUUAACGAACAUUUUGUAAUGUUUAUGUUUUUUUUUUAAUGUUGGCAGAUGAAGGUGACAUCGGACAUAUGUAUUCACACUGAGUUGGUUCUCUCUUUUUUUUUUUUUUUUUUUUUUUUUUUACUAAACGAACUUUACUAUAUCAGUCAAUUAUUUUGCAAACUUAAAGUAAAUGAAUAGAGUAUAGUGGAUGAGAGAAAUUAAAUUCGUUAAAAGCAACAAUAGUUAUUUUAUAUGUACACAAGCACAGGAUAUCACACAGAGACAUAGAGGAUCAUAAAUAAGCAAAAAGCACUUCAUUUCGUCUCAAGUUAUAUAAGGGCGCGGGUCUUCAGCUAUCCAGUUGCACACAGGCCUUCUGCACCUCGUUCCGGUAUGAGCGAGCAUCACGCCUACACAUACUACUUUCUACAUGCACCAUGCAAAAUCAGUCAGUUAUCAAUUCCAAUGCUCCAUUUGCCUUGAAGUGUAUCGAUGUUACCUCAAGAAACUUACUUUUUGGGUGUAUCAGUUUACACCUGUUGUCAAUGAAUAUUUUGAGUAUA